CAGGAGCAGCGCCCUGAAGAGGCAGAAGCUGAGAGGCCCGUGCACGGCGCGCGCGGGGGUAGGCGGCCCAUGGAUAAGUUCCGGACGGUGCUGGACCUGCACCUCAAGCAUCACAGCACGCUGGGCUACGGCCUGGUGACCCUCCUGACGGCGGGCGGCGAGCGCGUGUUCUCCACCGCGGUAUUCCAGUGUCCCUGCAGCGCCACCUGGAACCUGCCCUACGGCCUUGUCUUCCUGCUGGUGCCCGCGCUCGCCCUCUUCCUGCUGGGCUACGUGCUCAACGCGCGCACCUGGCGCCUGCUGACCGGCUGCUGCGCGCGCGGCGCCCGCUCCGGGGGCUGCGGCGCGGGGCGGCGGGGCGUCCUGGUGUUCGCGCAGCUCAGCGCCACCGCCGCGGUCGCGCCGCUCACCUGGGUGUCGGUGGCGCUGCUCGGGGGCGCCUUCUACGAGUGCGCCGCCUCCGGGAGCGCCCCCCUGGCGCGGCGCCUGUGCCAGGGCCGCGACCCCACCUGCGAGGCCCGGCUGCCGCUGGCGCCCUGCAGCCCGGCCCAGGCGUCCGACGCGCAGGACCUGCUGAAGGAGCUCAAGGCCCAGUCGCAGGUUCUGGGCUGGAUCCUGAUAGCAGUUGUCAUCAUCUUCCUUCUGAUCUUUACAUCUGUCUCCCGAUGCCUAUCUCCAGUUAGUUUCCUGCAGCUGAAAUUCUGGAAAAUCUAUUUGGAACAGGAGCAGCAGAUCCUUAAAAGUCAGGCCACAGAGCAUGCAACAGAACUGGCCAAAGAGAAUAUUAAAUGUUUCUUUGAAUGCACGCAUCCAAAGCAGUACAAUACCCCCACUGUCAAAGACUGGCAGCAAAUUUCCUCACUGUAUACUUUCAAUCCAAAGGACCAGUACUACAGCAUGUUGCACAAAUAUGUCAACAGAAAAGAGAAGAGUCAUAGUAUCCGAUCUAACGAAGGAGAUGUAGUGAUUCCCAUUCUCGGCUUUGUAGAUACACCUGGUAUUAACACUGCUGCUGAGUUAUGACCUUAUGAAUGAAUACAGGGAAAGUUCUUUUGAGUUUUCACUACAUUAAAAAAUAAAAAGCUUUGGUAUCGUGUA